AUGAUGAUCUGGACGAACAUGGCUAUUCCGAAUGGUCUUUUUCGAACUCUGACGUUCGAAGUAGCCACUGCUGGCGUCAAUUGGACCAAUCUCAAUGAAGAGAUCAAGGAAAGCGGCCUCUUCCUGCCCUUGGACCCCAGCCCAAAAGCGCUGAUCGGGGGUGUGGUGGCUACCAACUGCUCUGGUACCAACGCCCUUCGCUACGGCACAAUGAAGGACUAUGUUGUGAAUUUGACGGUGGUCUUGGCCGACGGUUCUAUCAUCAAAACCCGUCAUCGGCCUCGCAAAACGUCCGCUGGGUACAAUCUGAACUCGCUGUUCACGGGAAGCGAGGGUACACUCGGGAUUGUGACCGAAGCAACGCUCAAGCUCGCCAUCAUACCCGACAGCUUUAGUGUGGCUACAGCGACAUUUCCAACAAUAAGAGCCGCAGCAGACGCGGCUACCAAGAUGAUACGCUCAGGCGUGCCAUUGGCGGCUCUUGAGCUCAUGGAUGAUGCUCAGAUGGGCGUCGUCAACAAGAACGGUGGCGCUGGAGGCCGCAUGUGGCAAGAGAAGACCACUCUCUUCUUGAAAUUCUCCGGUACCAAGAGCUCAGUGGAAGACAAUGUUCGCCUCGCCCGCCACGUAGCCAAGGCAUUCCGUUGCAACACGUUCGAAGCUGCGACGGACCAGAAAGAGAUGGACUCGCUGUGGGCCGCGAGGAAGCAGGCCCUCUGGGCUUCUCUCGCCAUUCGGCCAGAGGGCACUCAGAUCUGGUCUACGGAUGCGGCAGUGCCAAUAUCUCGCAUGGCUGAGCUGAUCCAAGCCUGUAAAGAGCGUGCCGAGAAGCUCGGUCUAGUCACAAGCGUUCUGGGCCACGUUGGAGAUGGCAACUUCCACCAGAUGGUCAUGUACGAUCCAAGGAGCCCUGAACAGGUCCAGGCGACAAAGAAAUGUGUCGAAAUUAUGAUGGAGAAGGCGAUUGAAAUGGAAGGGACUGUCUCGGGCGAACAUGGUACUGGCCUGGGUAAAAAGCACUGUCUGCUCAAAGAGCUCGGACCAGAGACCAUCGGUCUCAUGAGAGCUAUGAAGAACACCCUGGACCCGAUGUGGUUGCUGAAUCCGGGCAAGGUCUUUGAUGAGUGA